AUGAAGGGUGCCAGUGGAGCGAAACCAGGCUCUGCCACGCACAGUAACCUGGAGCUGCGGGAGUGUGGGUGUAGCCGUGCCCCCAAGUUCCAGCACAGGCUGGCCUCGGCUGGCAGAGUUGUGCUGCUCCGGGCAUGCUCUUUUGCCUGCAAAGUAUCUGGAAUAGUGCCAAAACCUCAAAACACAAGAAUUAUUUCAGUUAAUCUUCGUAGCAUUUUACAGUGGGAUGCACCUGGGUUUCACAACAGGAAUAUAAGUUACACUGUCCAAUCUAAGAGCAUCUAUUUCCCUGGAAAGACGUAUGAAAAUGUGAGCACAAACUUGAGACUCACAGAGUGUGAUGUCUCUUCUCUGUCUGCAUAUGGAGACUACAUUUUACGGGUCAGAGCGGAGUCAGGAAACAACCACUCGCACUGGGCAACCAUCAGAUUUAAGCCAAUGGAUGACACAGUCAUUGGGCCACCCGAUGUAAAAGUGAAGUCAGAGUCCGGGUCGCUGCACGUGGAUUUCGUAGGCCCUGUUGCUGAGCACGAGAAGUGGCCUCUAAAGCAUUAUUAUGGCUCAUGGAAUUACAGGAUACUGUACUGGAAAAAAGGCAGCGAUACAGAGGUAGCUCACGUAGAUACUAAACAUAACUCUGAAAUACUGUCUCAGUUGGAGCCAUGGACAACCUAUUGUAUUCAAGUGCAAGCAGUUAUCCCCGAGUGGAACAAGACUGGGGAACUGAGCGAAGAGCUUUGUGAGCAGACAACCCACAACGGUGUAACUCCCUUGUGGAUAAUUGUGACCACUCUUAUAGGAUCAAUGUUGGUCGUUGUAAUAUCUGUUCCUGUUUGUUUCUUUUCCUUUUUGUAUCUAUAUCGACUCACCAGACACGUUUUCUACCCUUCAUAUAUUUUCCCGCAACACUUGAAAGAGUUUUUGAGCAAGCCUCCCAGUGGUUCACAGUUUUUUUCUCCACUCCCACAAGAAGAGCAUCUUUUCUACGACAAGCUAACUGUCAUUUCGGAGGAAUCCAAAAGUCACUGUGAUGAGAAUGGGGAUGAGGCCAGCAAGACAACAGAGCACCUCCAGGACUCUGAACAAGAAGGUUCUGAUUCACAAAUAGCACCAGCUUCAGCAAAGGCCUAA